AUGUCAUUAUUUCUUUACUUACGAGCACAUACACAAGAUCUACCAUAUCAGUGUUCACAUAGUGGUUGUACAAAAACAUUUACACGUGCAGAAUAUUUACAUUUACAUGAGCGUUCACAUUCAGGUGAAAAACCAAAGCCAUGUGCAUAUGCUGAUUGUUCGAAAGAAUUUAGCAAUUCAUCAGAUCGAACAAAAUGUAUUAAACAAACACAUUCAAAUAAAAAAACAUAUAAAUGCCAAAUUCGAGUUUGUCGUAAAUCUUAUACAGAUUCAAGUUCAUUAAGAAAACAUGUUAAAAAUAUUCUGGAUCAACAUGCAUUUCAACAAAAAAUACAUAAACGUACAGAUGAUAAUAAUGAUAAACAAUUUGAAGAAACAAAGACAAAUAUUUCGAAUACAAUAUUAUUAUCAAAUGUUAAUUAG